AUGUUAUAUUAUAUUAUAUUAUAUUAGCAUUAUAACUGCCAUUUGCCACUCCAUUCAUCUGUGUAGAUAUUGGCCAUAAAAACCUGUCAACCAGUAGAAUGUACAGUUGAAGUCAGAAGUUUACAUACACUUAGGUUGUAGUCAUUCAAACUCAUUUUUUAACUACUCCACAAAUUUCAUAUUAGCAAACUAUAGUUUUGGCAAGUUGUUUAGGACAUCUACUUUAUGCAUGACACGAGUACGAUUUUUUUUUUACAUUUACUUGACUAUAUCACAAUUCCAGUGAGUCAGAACUUUACAUACACUAAGUUAUCUGUGCCUUUAAGCAGCUUGGAAAAUUCCAAGCCUCUAAUAGGCUAAUUGGAGUCAAUUAGAGAUGUACCUGUGGAUGUAUUUUAAGGCCUACCUUCAAACUCAGUGCCUCUUUGCUUGACAUCAUGGGAAAAUCAAAAGAAAUCAGCCAAGACCUCAGAAAUAAAAUUGUGGACCUCCACAAGUCUGGUUCAUCCUUGAGAGCAAUUUCCAAAUGCCUUGAGUUACCACGUUCAUCUGUACAAACAAUAGUACGCAAGUAUAAACACCAUGGGACCACACAGCCAUCAUACUACUCUGGGAGGAGAUGCAUUCUGUCUCCUAGAGGUGAACGUAGUUUAGUGUGAAAAGUGCAAAUCAAUCCCAGAACAACAGCGAAGGACCUUGUGAAGAUGCUGGAGGAAACAGGUAGACAAGUAUCUAUAUCCACAGUAAACGAGUCCUAUAUUGACAUAACCUGAAAGACUGCUUAGCAAGGAAGAAAUCACUGCUCCAAAACCAUCAUAAAAAGCCAGACUACAGUUUGCAAGUGCACAUGGGGACAAAGAUCUUACUUUUUGGAGAAAUGUCCUCUGGUCUGAUGAAACAAAAAUUGAACUUUUUGGCCAUAAUGACCAUCAUUAUGUUUGGAGGGAAAAGGGUGAGGCUUGCAAACCGAAGAACACCAUCCCAGCCGUGAAGCAUGGGGGUGGCAGCAACAUGUUGUGAGGGUGCUUUGCUGCAGGAGGGACUGGUGCACUUCACAAAAUAGAUGGCAUCAUGAGGAAGGAGAAUUAUGUGGAUAUAUUGAAGCAACAUCUCAAGACAUCAGCCAUGAAGUUAAAGCUCGUUGCAAAUGGGUCUUCCAAAUUGACAAUGACCCCAAGCAUACCUCCAAAGUUGUGACAAAAUGGCUUAAGGACAACAAAGUCAAGGUAUUGGAGUGGCCAUCACAAAGCCCUGACCUCAAUCUGAUAGACAAUUUGUGGGCAGAACUGAAAAAGCAUGUGCGAGCAAGGAGGCCUACAAACCUGACUCAGUUACACCAGUUCUGUCUGGAGGAAUGGGCCAAAAUUCCAGCAACUCAUUCUGGAAUUAAGUGAAUGUUUUCUAAGAUUAAAUGUCAGGAACUGUGAAAAACUGAGUUUAAAUGUAUUUGGCUAAGAUGUAUUUAAACUUCUGAUUUCAACUGUAUGUAUAUGUGUGAUGUUAUGAUUUUACUGUAUUUUUCCUCCCUUUUCCUUUCAAUACAGAUGAGACAAAACAAGAAAUGAGCAGACACAACAUUUGUCAGCACUUCCUCUUGGGCAGAUGUCAUUUUGGAGACAGAUGUCGACUGUCUCACAGGUCUGUCAGUCACUCUGAAUGAUGGCAGAGAGUACAUGAAACAAUUGUGCUUGAUGUCCCUCAAAGCACACAAACAGAGGAAAAUGACAGACUGGUCACAGAAAAGCAGAGCAAGCACCGAAAAAACAGAAAAAAGAUGAAUAAGGAAAAGAAAGAGCAGCAGCAUGCAAAGAUUGAGCGGGAAGGGAUGAAGAAGAAGCCACGCAUGCGUACUGCCGAUGAUGUCAUAUCCAGAAUUCUAUGGGACUCCUCAGUCGACCCAGCUGAUUUUAUGGUCGGUCACUUGGACCGGUUCCUCGGGGUGCUGGAACGCCCAUUCUCUGAAUUUUCAUGGGAUGCUCAGGUUUGUGACUGUGACUUUUCUGAGGAGCUUGCUCUCCCUCGUCACAGGAUCCAGUACUUCAGCUAUAAAGGUCAGCGUGUGUGGGACAAAGACAGUCGUACUGACAGGGUGUUUGGUUCCACGGGGCAGACUAUUGUGCCUCCUUUUGGGGAUGAGGAUCAACGACAAGAAAAUUUAACACCUGACGCUGGACAACAGGAAGAGACUACCAACAUGGAAGAUGUUUCAAAUGACCUAGAGCAAGCAACUUCAGAAUUUUCUAAAGAACAGGAUGAUGUUGUAACUAUACUUACAACAAACAAACAUGAGCUGGGAAAUGCAGUAGAACACUCAUUAGCUGAAAAUACUGAUAAUGAAUCCUGUGUUAACACUAUACUUUUGCAAGAUGAACUUCCAGUUGAAGACAAAAAGAUGCAGUCUACUGAAGAUCUUGGUUUAACUCAGUUGGCAGAGGAAUUAUUGAUUACUCAGAAAGGAGAAGAACGCACUGAGAUAAAGGAAGAAUGGAAAGACAGCUGGGAUGGAAAGGGCGAUAAAGAAACAGAGUCUAUAUCCAUACCGCAAGAACCACGGUCGAGCCGCCCACCACGCAGACCCACCCACUUCAUUUGCUUCCGCGUGGAUUCUCCCGCAGCUCUUCAGGCCUUCCAGCGCAUUCAGAGGAAGGUGUUGUCGCAUAUCCCUCAGUCAGAGCCACUCUGGGUCAACACGGCAACCUUACACGUCACUCUCUCCUUGCUUGUGCUCAAGGGCCCUGAAGAAGUCAGUGCUGCUGCUGAACUCCUGCGCAACACAAUCAGAAACUCCCACAAACCCCCUAUAUCUGUGUACUUCACCACAAAACUAAAGCACUUUAAUGGGACUGUUCUCCACGUGACACCUCAGCCCCUCUCAGAUAUCCAGAGCCUGAAUACCCCUCUGCAGGAGGCCUUCAGUGAGAAAGGCUGGCUUCAUCGCCAUUCACGAUGCCCAUCGUACCAUCUCACCCUGGCCAAAGCAGAGGAGCGCUUUACAGAGAAGAUGUUUGAAGGGAUAGGGUCAGUGAAACUGGCCAAAGAUGUAAACUUUGGCAAGCUAGAAGUAAAUAAACUAUAUCUUUGUGUGAACGGUCAACCCAAAACAGAAAGUGGUUUCUACAAGGUUGUAUGUGAUGUGCAAUUACCCAAUGUUUAAAGUGCUGGGUUUUAUAUCAUCUGAACUCAGGGAUAAUUAAUAUAAUCACGUUAAAUACAGGAUAUAUUUAAAAUGAUGAUAUCAUGAUAAUUUUAAUAAUAAUGAUUGUUCUUAAGACCAAUGAUCUUAUUCUUGUCCUCCUAAUAUUACUCAUUUAUAACCCAUGUUUAGAUAUUGUAUAGGUUUCCCAAUUAAUGGCUGCCAAAUUGUAUUGUUUUAAGAAAAUUAGACUAUUAAAAUUCUUUUAAAAAUG